CUAUUGAUUCUACAAGCCAAAGUUAAAGUUUCUACUUCCUUUCUUCUUCGUCGGUCCUCCCCAACUUCCAUACAGAUUCACCUGCACUAUACAUUAUCAAUCACCAUAGUAAUACAACCAAGAUGAUGAUCAGAAUCAGAAGCAGAGAUGGGUUAGAGCGAGUCACAAUUGACAACCCACAUGCCACAAUUGCCCAACUCAAGUCCCAAAUCGAAUCCCAACUUCGAGUUCCAGUUCAAUCGCAAACCCUAUCUUCCAAUCAGAACCUUUUGCUCGCUAAAACCCCAGAUGAUUGGUCUCGCUUCACUGAUAUGGACAACCCUCAUACACCCAUCUCCUCUUUCAACCUUACUCACGGUUCUAUCCUUUAUCUUGCUUACCAGGGUGAGCGCACCAUUCCCGGUCCCACCGUCCAGCCCGCCGGUUCAUUCGGUAGAAAGAUGACCAUGGACGACCUAAUUGCUAAACAAAUGCGAGUUACUAGACAAGAGAACCCUCACUGCGAACUCGUUUCCUUCGAUCGUGAUGCCGCCAAUGCCUUUCAACAUUAUGUCAAUGAAACACUCGCCUUUGCUGUCAAAAGGGGUGGUUUUAUGUAUGGUACAGUAUCCCCUGAAGGCAAAGUGGAAGUCCAUUUUAUUUAUGAGCCGCCCCAGCAAGGGACCGAGGAAAAUUUGUUGCUUCUACGCGAUCCUGAUGAGGAGAAAUUGGUGGAUGCUAUAGCUAUUGGAUUAGGGAUGAGGAAAGUAGGGUUUAUAUUUACUCAGACAAUUAGUCAGGAUAAAAAGGAUUACACUAUGUCAACUGCAGAAGUCUUACAGGCAGCUGAGUUACAUUCGGAGGGUGAUUUGAAGGAAUGGGUGACCGCUAUAGUGAAGCUUGAGGUGAAUGACGAUGGCGCUGCCGAUGUACAUUUUGAGGCUUUUCAGAUGAGUGAUAUGUGUGUUAGAUUGUUCAAGGAAGGCUGGUUUGAGACUGAUGUUAAGGAUGAGAUUGAUCCAAAGCUUUCCAAGAUGAAGAAAGAUGUGGUGGUAGGAGUCAAGGACACAAGAGAAGUUGAUAACGACUUCUUCUUGGUUGUUGUCAAGAUUGUGGAUCACCAGGGUCCACUUUCUUCAUCAUUUCCCAUUGAAAACAGGAUUAUUCCAGUGAGCAUGAAUGCAUUGAAGGACCAUUUCAAUCGAACAAAGAGUCUUUCUUUUGUGAAGCGAAUCUCAGAUUUCCAUCUGCUACUGUUGCUGGCGAAGUUUCUGGACAUUAAUGCAGAUGUUCCUGCAUUGGCAGAAUGUGUGCUUACACAGUCAGCUGUCCCAGAAGGUUACAAGCUCCUUAUAGAAUCGAUGGCUAGUGCCUCUUAAGCAGCAUCGCAGACAUCAGAUGAGUUAUCGCAUUCAAUAACAAGCAUUGCAUGUCAUCUAGGGCUCCAUCUGCAAUGGUCAUCAUUUCUCAUCAAAACACGACUACUCCAGUGCAAAUCUAUGGAGAUGAAUUACGGACGUAUGCCUUGGGAAUUUAUAUUUCUAUUUGUUUGCCUCAUUGCUAACUUUACUAUGAACAACUAACGUGUCCGACAGAUACCAUAUGAAAUUUUUUUACUUUUGUGGUUAACAAUGUCUAAAAUGUGCGCA